AUGACCUACUCCGCUUUGCCUGUUGCCCCUAGCUUAGCAGAGUCGUUGGGAUCCACAAAAUGCGAAUAUCGUCAAUUGGGUAACUCAGGUCUCCGCAUCUCAGUUCCCAUUUUCGGGUGCGCGGGCUUCGGAGACCCUUCCGGCAUCCGGCCUUGGGUCCUCGACGAAGAAGAUGCCGCCUGUCUCCUCAAAGCCGCGUACGACAGGGGCAUCAAUACAUGGGACACGGCCAACACCUACUCCAACGGCGUGUCGGAAACCAUCAUCGGCAAGACGCUGAAGAGCUAUAACAUUCCUCGAGAAAAGGUCAUCCUGAUGACCAAGUGUUUCUGGGCUGUGGGCGAGGACCAGGCCGUUCAGCAUGCUUUGAUGCCAGUUGAAAAGUCCAAGGACUACCAAAACAUGUUUGGACUCUCGAGGGCGGCUAUAUUCAACGCCGUCGAGGCGUCACUUCGCAGGCUCGACACGCCAUACAUCGACGUCUUACAAAUCCAUCGCUUUGACCCUCUUGUGCCCCUUGAAGAGACCUUGCAAGCGCUGGAUGACCUCGUCCGGUCAGGUAAAGUGCGAUAUAUUGGAGCAAGCAGUAUGUAG